AGAAGUGAACAACAGAGAAAAAGUACACAAAGCCAUGAAAGGAAACAAGUUCAAAGAUUCAAUGCAUGUUUUCAAUUUCCCCCCUAUAAAUUCUUCUUCAUUCUCACCACUUCACUUCACACCAACUCGACCAAAAACCUCUCUCUUUUCUCUUCAAUUCAGUUACCCUUUUUUUUCAUUUUCAGAGCUUUUUUCACUUCAUUCAACACAGGCCAUUGAUUCUUGUGUAGUGAAGCUGAAAGUUUUGUUCUUUUUGUUGUUUUCGGAUACCCUUUAGCCUAAAGCUUUCAUCUUUGUGUUGAGUUUCUUCAACUAUGGCUUCUACGCCAACUCCACCACCUAACUACUCCUCAGGCCCUGGUCCUAGACCAUCUGAAAAUCAUAAUCAUAAGCAUAAUCAUAAUCAUAAUCAUAAUCAUAAUCACCAGAAUACUCUUAAACGCCAGAGAAAUGAUUGGUCUUCUUCCUCUGGGAACUAUUCCAACUCAAGGCCUGCUGCACCUAUAGCUGCUCGUGGUGGCGGCAAUGGUGGUGGCAGAGGUGUAUAUUCGUCUGCGCCGGGAUCAUUUUUGGGUGGCAGGAGAUCAAGGCUUGCUCCGGAGUUUUCUGGCAGGAAGUCCACCAGGAAUGCUGCAAAGAAACAUUCUGGAUUGCCAAGAGCAGCACUUAAUACAGUGCCUCACAGCGAAGCUGCCAAUGAGGUUCUUACUUAUCUCUACAAUGCUGGUAACACUCCUGCUAAUAUUGAUCAUAUUUUGAUUUCGAAUGAACAUAGGCUUUGGGAGGUUGAGGAUUAUAUUUAUAUGCUUAAAGAUUUUGGUAAUACUGGUCAGUUAUUGUUGGCUGAGAAAGUUUAUGAAUUUAUUAUGGGUAAGCCAAAUGGGAGGGUUGCGAAAGGGAAGUUAACCAGUGCUAUGAUCGGUACUCUUGGGAGGUUAGGGGAGAUUAAUCGUGCUGUUGAAUUGUUUGGAGAAUCUAGGACUGAAGGUUAUGGAAUGACUGUGUAUACGUUUUCGGCCAUGAUUAGCGCGUAUGGCCGAAACGGGCGCUUCGCUGAUGCUGUCGAAUUGUUCAUGUCUAUGCGUGGCUUUGGCCUUGUGCCCAAUUUGGUUACGUACAAUUCGAUAAUAGAUGCGGGGGCGAAAGGGGAGGUGAGUUUUGAUGUGGUUGUUAAGUAUUAUGAUGAGAUGCUAGCUGCUGGUGUAAGGCCGGAUCGUCUUACAUAUAAUUCACUUCUUUCUGUUUGCGCCUCGAAGGGCAUGUGGGAAAUGGCUCAAAAGUUAUUGACAGAAAUGGAUGGUAGGCGGAUUAUUCGCGAUGUGUUUACUUAUAACACGUAUUUGGACACGCUAUGUAAGGGUGGACAGAUUGAUUUGGCGAGAAGGGUAUUCGAAGAGAUGUGUUUCAAGCGCGUUUGGCCAACUAUCGUGACUUAUAGCACACUAAUGGAUGGCUAUGCCAAGGCUAACCUCUUGGAAGAUGCCAUUCAUCUAUAUGAAGAAAUGAAGCUUCAAUCUGUUUGUCUUGAUAGAGUAUGCUAUAACACAGUGGUCGGAGUAUAUGCGAAGCUCGACAGGUUUGAUGAAGCUGUCAAUAUUUGCAGAGAGAUGGACGGAUGUGGAAUUAAAACCGACGUCGUGACAUACAAUGCUCUGUUGGCUGGGUAUGGCAGGCAUGGCAUGUAUGCUGAAGUCAAAAGACUGUUUGAGGAGAUGAAGGCUCGGAAUAUAUAUCCGAAUACGCUAACAUACUCUACCAUGAUCGAUGUCUACACUAAAGCUGAAAUGUUUCAGGAAGCUAUGAAUGUUUAUAUAGAGUUCAAGAUGGCAAGAUUGGAGGUGGAUGUUGUAUUUUAUACUGCAAUCGUUGAUGCUCUAUGCAAAAACGGUUUAGUGGAAUCUUCGAUAAUGUUGCUUGUUACAAUGAUUGAGAAGGGAAUUAGGCCGAACGUUGUGACAUUCAACUCCAUUAUCGAUGCAUGCCAUCAGUCGCCACCUUUGGAAUACGGUGUUCAUGGUUCUACACAAGCCAUUGAGCAUCCAAUUGAACAAUCAUCUGCUAUGCUUAUUGAUGAUGCUUUUCAGACUAAGCCGGGGGAGGACCGGAUCUUGAAGAUGUUUCAGCAACUUGCUUCUGAAAAAGCUGGUCAUAUAAAGAAGCUUCGGAGAGGACGCCAAGACCUACACUGCAUAUUUUGGCUCUUCCAAACAAUGCAUGAGCUGCACAUCAAACCAAAUGUUGUCACAUUUUCAGCCAUUUUAAAUGCUUGCAGUCGUUGCAAUUCAUAUGAUGAUGCUGCAAAGCUGUUAGACACGCUGCGCCUGUUUGAUAGCCAGGUGUAUGGUGUGACCCAUGGACUGUUGAUGGGUUAUAGGGAACAAGUAUGGUUUAAUGCUCAGACUUUAUUCAAUGAACUCAUGCGUAUGGAUUCUUCAACUGCAUCAGCGUUUUAUAACGCCCUCACAGAUAUGUUGUGGCACUUUGGUCAGAGGCGCGGAGCUCAAAUGGUUGCAAUCGAAGGGAAGAACCGACAUGUGUGGAAAGGUGAAUGGUCAAUUUCUUGCUUGGAUCUGCAUCUGAUGUCUUGUGGUGCUGGCAGUGCUAUGGUUCAUGAUUGGUUACUCAAUAUGCAUAGGACUUUAUUUCAAGGCUCUGAACUGCCCAAGAUUGUCAACAUAUUAACUGGUUGGGGAAAACACAGCAAAGUGAUGGGUGAUGGAACUUUGAAAAGAGCUAUUGAAGCACUUCUUAACGGAAUGGGAUCGCCUUUUAGAUUCGCUGAGCAUAAUAUGGGAAGACUUACAUCUUCUGGAGAUGCGGUCGCUACUUGGCUGAGACAACCCGGUGUUAUCAAUAUGCUCGCUCUGUACGAUGUCCUUAAUCACUCUCAACCUGCUGGUCCACCACAUGGUUAUCCAGCUCUCGUUUACUAGAUUCAUAAAAGCCAUGCAGCACCAGUGUCUACUACGAUUCAACCGAGAACCUUCACCACAAAUGACGGGCCUUUGGCAAAAAUCACGGUGCAGCUGGUGAUUGUCUGUUAGUUUAAGAUUCUGCAGAAAUAAAUUACCUAAUAAAGACAGUAAUCACAUUUCAGGCUCUUCGGCGAAAGAAGGAUCAACUUUGGUGAAAGUUGAUGAAUACUUGAACUGUUGAGGUUCUGUUAUUGAGGUGUUAAUGUUGUCUAUUAUGGUCUAAGUUAUAUUCAUUCAGAGUUUUCUGUCUUGUUAUGGCCAUUGUGGCUGGUUUUUCAUUGGUAGAGUAGAAUAGGAUUGGGGUUGAUUCCUCCAUUAUACUUCUUGGGUGUAAUAUUGCAUCUGUUUGUAAAGUGGACAUCAACAAUAAAGUAUUAUAUCUAUAAUUUCUUCUCACCUUGGACUCCCUUCCUC